AUGCACCUUCACUGCGUUCUGAUGGUACUGGUAGCCAUUCUUGCUGCCAGCAAUGGCGCAGUGUCGGCUACUAUCGUCAAAGAAGACUCCGAGCACGUCAAGAUUAAUCGUGCUCACUCAAUUCAAACUCUUCAGACAGACACCAGACGUAAGCGAUUCUUACGCACUGAAGACAAAUUUAAUACUGACUACUACUACGACCCGGCCAAACGAGAUGACCAUCGAUCGGCGUUCAUUGAGAACAAACUUGAGAAAUCGCUGACAAACCCAAGAAAAACAACGAAGUUGUAUGAGCAAUGGUACAAGAGGGGAUACACGCUGAAAAGAGUGUCCAGUGGAUUGAACCAAGAUGAAAAUAGAGAGCUCCAAAGGGUUUACCAAGAGCUCGCCCAUGGGUAUGCGGCGUACAUCAAGAAAGAGAAGAGGGGGAAGCCUAGGAAAGACUAA